UUAAAUAAUCAGCCUCCACCUAUUCAUUACUCUCCUUCUUCUCUCUAAAUUUCCUAUUGAUCCAAUCUCCCAAUUGUUGCCACAAUCGGCUGCCAUUUUGCCGGUAAUUGAGCAGCGGCAAUAUUCUUAAUAUUUACUUCUUUGGGCCUCCUGCAUUAACGUUUUUUGGGUAACAAUUGGGUUUGACGGAUUGGUUUCAAAGGUGAAAAUUUCGAUACAUAAUAUCUAGAUAUAAGAUAGAAAUUUGAGUUAAUCGCCUAAUUUUUUGAAUCGAGGCAAAUUGAUUGAUACAGAAAAGUCUCUAUUUGUUGUUAAAUUUUUUUGGAAGGACAGAACAAAGGGUUUGUUUGAACAUUGAAGCUAUUUCCCAGAAUUUGUUUCUCUGUUGGGUGAAUAAACAAGAGGAUCGUUAAGCGAAUGAGCAAGAAAGAUGAGGAAUCUCCGCGGGUGAGCGCCUCACCAAACCCGCCUCCAUUGCCAGUGGCUUUCAUAAGUAGCCGGCAAGAGAGCACAUUUGCAGCGAGGAAAUCAGCACUGAGAAAAUACUGCUGCACGCCAACUGCUACAAAGAAUACUUGGGAUUGCCUCUUUGAUGAAGGUUACAGAGCUGACGUUUCCAUUAACACAGAUAACGGUGGCGUCCUCUACGCACAUGCUAGUAUUUUGGGUGUGAAUUCUGCAGUAUUUAAAAGCAUGUUGAGUUUAAAACAAUCAAGACCACAUGGUCGAUGUGGUCAUCAACGAUCCAUCUCCAUAAAUGGGGUUCCACCUGAGGCUGUUCAAGUUUUCAUCAGAUUUUUGUAUUCUUCCAGGUAUGAGGAAGAAAAAAUGAAGGAGCAUGGGUUGAGUCUUUUGGUGCUAUCGCAUGCAUAUGCAGUCACCCACCUAAAGCAAGAAUGUGAGUGGCAGCUGGAGCAAAGAUUAACCACGGAAAAUGUGGUUGACAUCUUCCAGUUAGCACUAUUAUGUGAUGCCUCUCGGCUUAGCCUUGUUUGUCAUCGUUUUAUGCUGAAAAAUUUUAAGCCUAUUUCUGCCACAGAAGGAUGGAAAGCUAUGAAACAAAGCCAUCCUGUGCUUGAAAAACAGAUGUUGAAAUCCAUAAUUGAUGAGGAUAUUAGGGAAAAGGAAAGGGUGAGAAAGAACAAUGAGAGGAAAAUGUAUAUGCAGUUAUAUGAGGCAAUGGAAGCCCUGGUUCACAUAUGCAAAGAUGGUUGCCGUACAAUUGGUCCUCACGAUAAGGUUUUGAAAGAGGAUCAAGAACCAUGCCAUUAUGCAGCAUGCAAAGGGCUAGAAUCCCUUAUUCGUCACUUUGCUGGGUGCAAGUUGAGAGUCCCAGGUGGCUGCAUCCACUGCAAGAGGAUGUGGCAAGUUUUGGAGCUGCAUUCUCGCCUUUGUGCCAAUUCAGAUGUUUGUAAAGUUCCUUUGUGCAGGAGUUUUAAGCAGAAGCGGAGAAAACAGAACAAGAAGGAUGAAAUGAAAUGGAGUAUAUUGGUGAGAAAGAUAGUGAGAUCCAAGAGCAUUUCUGGAGCUCCAUUCUUCUCAUCUGAAUCCACAUAAUGUGCAAUACAAUCAUAUGUUGUUUUACCUUAUUGUAUUCAUUCUUUAAAUAGAUAUACAAUUCAUUGAAUCUUUCUACUAUUAAUUUGUAUUUUUGUGUCAAGCUACACUUUUACAAUGUAUCUAUACAACUCAUUGUAACAAUUAUUAAGAUCAAUGGACGAUUAAAUUACUCAGCUUACUUGA